AUGCACCAGCUUCGGAAACCGCUUGAUGCUCUUCUCAAGAAGGAUGCCAAGUUCGUGUGGAACAACGAUUGCCAGAGGUCUUUUAGAAGAUUCAAGGAAAUUCUGCAAUCUGACCUCCUGCUAACCCAUUACGACCCGGUUAUGGAAUUCAUCGUUGCAGUAGAUGCAUCUCAAUCGGGAAUUGGUGCCUGCACAAUGCAUAAGUUUCCAGAUGGUGCUAUCAAAGUCGUUUCACAUGCAUCCCGCUCCCUCACCGCUGCUGAAAGAGGAUACGGACAAGUAGAGAAGGAAGGUCUAGCUUUGGUGUUCGCUGUAACGAAGUUUCACCGAAUGCUACUUGGUCGCAAAUUCACUCUUCAAACAGACCAUCAGCCACUCUUGAGGAUUUUUGGGUCCAAAAAGGGAAUUCCGCUCCACACAGCAAACCGUCUUCAACGAUGGGCAUUGACGCUAUUGGGCUACGAUUUCGACAUUCAGUAUGUAUCUACCAGCCAGUUUGGAAAUGCCGAUGUAUUAUCUCGCCUGAUCAGUCAUCACUCAAAAACGGAAGAAGAUUUUGUCAUCGCUUCAAUCCAACUGGAAAACGACAUCGAGGUUUCACUUAAAGAAGCUGUUAGUAUACUACCUGUGACAUUCAACAUGGUACGAGCUGCUACAGUCAAGUGCCCCAUACUACAGCAAGUUAUCAAAUUCAUCAAUGAAGGAUGGCCUUGUAACAUCAAAGAAAUAGUAAAUUCCGAUGUACAACCGUUUUACAUUUAUCGUGAUGUCCUGGAAAUAGUGAAAGGGUGCGUUAUGUUUUCCAACCGUUUGAUGAUUCCUGAGACAUAUCGCAAACCAAUCCUUAAACAACUUCAUAAGGGGCAUCCUGGGAUGGAAAGAAUGAAAGCUCUUGCUAGAAGCCAUGUAUACUGGCCCCGAAUCGAUGAUGAUGUUGUCGAUCACGUCAAGCGAUGUGACAGCUGUGCUACUCAUUCGAAGACACCUCCAAAGGUUCCUCUGCAAUCAUGGCCACUGUCACAGUUUCCUUGGGAACGCAUCCACGUCGAUUUUGCUGGACCUAUCAACGGUCUUCACUUUUUAGUUGUUGUUGAUUCGUUUUCCAAAUGGCCCGAAAUUACCGUCGUACAUGCUCCGACUACAUCAACUGUCAUCAAGUUUCUGGAUGAAUUAUUCGCCCGUUUUGGAGUUCCGACCACUAUCGUUUCGGACAAUGGUUCACAGUUUUCAUCGAUGCAGUUCACAGCAUUCUGUAACAAAAAUGGUGUUCAACAUUUGCAGAUUUCCCCGUACCACCCACAGUCAAACGGACAAGCGGAACGCUUCGUAGAUACAUUGAAGACAGCGUUAUGCAAGAUCAAUGAGGGGGAAGGUAUCUCAGAAUCACUGCAAAUCUUUCUGCAAGCUUACAGGUCAACUCCAAGUCGUGUACUGAAUGGUAAAACACCAUCUCAACUGAUGAUCGGAAGAAACAUACGGACAGUUCUAAGUCUUCUCCGACCACGACAAUCGAUGCCGCUAGCAAUCAACCAGCAACAGAACGACCAGUUUAACCGCAAGCAUGGUGCAGUACUUCGGACCUUACAAGCAGGUAGUGUGUUUGGACUGGAGUCGAACGCAAGUUCAUCGACCACACCAGCGAAUCAACUAUCCAGUGAAAUUGAACGAUGUGAUGAAAAUUUAGUUUGUUUAGAGAAUGAAAAUCCGGAGAUAGUAGACGAAAAUGCUAACAUUCGUCGCUCGCAUAGUCUGCCACGGAACAAUCAACAGAAAAAUCGAGAAAAACGUUAG